AUGAAAGUUUGUGAAGAGGCUGGACUGUACUGCGAGCUCGAUGACGGAUCGGUUUUAGGUAUUUGAUUUUUAAAAAUUAUCAGUUGAGAGCCUGAAGUCAUCAGGGAUUAUCUUAAUCUCACUAUACGGUCUGAAAAAAUCACGUUUCCCUCGUCAGCUGAUUGUGAGCAAAAUUUAAACCAAUCAGUUGCGACUUGUCCCUCGCGUUCUUCCCGCGCCUCAAGCGCGUUCUACCCGCGCCUCUUGUCCCUCAAUUGUGUUAUUUUUACUUUGAGUUUUCAUUGACUCUUUUAGUAUUCACCCAAGUUUUGAUUGGAAGUAAUGACUACUCUGACUUGUUUUACAACGCUCUUCGAAAUGUCCUUUUACUUUACACAUAGGAAGAAGGGUUAACCAUCUGUGUAUGCCAGACCAUUAAGAAAUUAACGGCUGAUUCUUACUAAUCUGGAUUUAUAUUUGCUAAAAGUAUACAAAUACGAUCGCUUGAAGUUGUUCGUACAAAAGUUGUGACGUCCACUCCUGUUAUCGCAACUUCACUUCUAAGGACAACGGUUCUUUCUCACGACGACUCUCAACCCCUUUGUGACUUCAAAGUUUGAAUUCUCGUAAUAAACCAACUUGAUGAAUCUUACUCCUUUCUAGGUGCCGUAAAAUUCGGUAAGGUAUUGCCAUGGGGGAAAGAUGCUGACAUCAGAUUUCUCUUAGAGAACUAUACAGCAUUUCUGACGCUCCGUUCUCAAUUUGAAGCGGCGGGUUUUAGGUUCAUAGAGGUAAACGGACCAGAGAGGUGUGCAGACGGCAGAAAGACGGGGGAAAGAUCUUCACUCAUAGAAACUAUUGGAGAAUUGAGCUGCACGGCAUAG